AUGACUUCUAGUUUCGGCCAAGUCCCUCGGAGCGCUCCUGGCAAACCAGAAGCGUUCACACUUCACAUCUCUGAUCAAGAUGUCACGCAUUUCAAGGCCCUUCUUGAGCUAUCCAAGGUCGGGCCCAAGACGUGGUGGAAUGAGCAUACGGACGGGUCAUUCGGUAUCUCUCGCGACUGGCUCAUCAAAGCUAAGGACACAUGGAUAGGAAACUUUGACUGGCGACAGCAGGAGGCGCAUAUUAACUCGUUUCCCAACUUCAAGAUUGGAAUUGACAAUCCAGAAUACGGUCGGUUAAGUGUGCACUUUUGGUGA